AUGAGGCUGCUGGGGACCGGUGGCGCCUGGGCGCGGGGAAGGGAGGAAGGGGUGGAGAGUUGGGCUGUUGAGCCUCCAGGUCGCUCUGGCGACACCAGUGCGCCCCAGUGGAGCAGGUGUCCCACUGCCGUGCUGGCUGGCAGCGCGCUAGACAACCGGGUCCUUCCUUCCCUGCGCUUGGGCUCCGGAAUCUCUUCGUCUCUCAAGCCACGGGGAAACUUUGUUCAACUUGGUGCUCUGAGGGCUCGGAGGCUGGGAGCCAUCGGGAACCAAACCCGACUUCGGUUCUUGGGCUCUAGCCUGAAGUUUAAGCUCCCUUUGCUCACCCGUUUGUUCCCGGAUCCAACCGCAGCGCCAGGACUCCGGCGGAGUUCUCUGGGUGUAGCCGGCUCGGGAACCGAGGACAGGCGGGGGCUCCGGGCUCCGGCGCGGCGGGAACCAGGGCGCCUGCUCCCGCUCCGAAGCGAGCGGCCGGCCGGCGUCAGCACCGCGGACAGCGCGUCGGUGCCGCAGCCCGCGGGUGGGAGGCUCCAGGCUGCGGGGUCCCGCCACCGGGGGCCAGGCUCCUCGCCCGGCGCCGCGGUGCUCCCCAGACCCUCCUUCUUUCCCCCUCUACCUCCGGAGAGUCCCCCACCCCACCCUGACGCAGGUGCGGUCGCCGAAACUGCGAGUCGCCGGGGUGCGGACGCUGCGGAACAGGAACAGGAGGAGGAGUCACGCGCAGGCCAAGACCAGGCUAGAUAGCCUCCUCCGCAGGAAAACAUCAAGCUGAGACCUACUCAGAGCGGUGCUUGCAGCGUGGCGGGUACUCACUGAGGACCCUGAAUGAGUCUCCACCGCUCAGCGAACACAUCACAGCUAUGAACCUGGGAUCCUCUCACGCACGGGCCGGCACUCGAGGCAGGAGAGCUGUGGAACGCCGAGUGGAACCUGACUUGGGAUGGAGACAGGCUUGCCUCUCAGAGACCCCGCUCCAGCGAAUGGGUGGAGUGGACCAUGUUUCUCUUGGUGUGUGCAGACGGGAAGAAGCGCACUGCACCGGGGCUUGGGUGGCAAGCGGUUACUGCUGGUUCAAGGAGGAACGCAUUCAUCCCCUGAGAGAGCCCCGAGGCCCUGAUUCACUGUGGAGCACACAGUGGGAGCUUUAUCCAGUCGCCAACUACCGCCACUGCAAACCACUGUUAUGUCAACCGUUCCCUUCCCCAGCCUUUGCUUCUCCUCAGCCACCUGCAGGUGCUAAGUCAGCUGCUCCCCCCAGUCAGCACCUUCAGGCUGUGAGGAUGGCCUAGCCAUAGAUCUCUGGGACUGAGCCCCACUUGGCUGGUCAGCUCAGAAGGAAGCCUUGAGAGGUGCCAUUUCAGGAGACGGCCCUGAAAGACACUACCAGGCCUGUCAGGGCUUUGCCCAGACUCUCAGAGCAGGGAUGGGCUGCCUGACUGCAGUGUCCUGCGCUCCCUGCCCAGCUGGCAAAGGGCCUACCCACCCUGCCCUCCCGCUUGUGAUUCCAGCUUGAUUAGCAUCGAGCCCUUGGCAUCAAUUUUAGCACUGAGUGUCAAGUCUAUUUAUGUAAUAGGAAGAUGAUGAGUUCCCUGCUCAUAGAUAUAGGUCCUUUAGGGAACCAGCACCAUGAUGAAUGUGACUUUUGCCCACUUGGCCACUGACUCUGCCAGCUGACUAUCCUCAAUGCUUUUACCUCAGCCCAGGGCUGUGGCAACAGCCUCCUAAGCAUACGGCUUGCUGUGACAAAGUUUCCUCGCAGAGGUCCGUCCUAAGUGCCAGUCACUGCUGUCAUCCAGCCCAUUCAGUCUCGUCAUGUGACUGAGGCCUCUAAGCCUCACUCUCCAAUGGCUUCCCAAUUCUAUACAAAAUUGGUGUCUAAAUCCUUGAGGUUAGAGUUCAACACCUUUGAUUAUGAGAUUUCUAGAGUGGGUGUGUUUGUGUAGGGUCACCUCUUACUCUUUAAGCACCCUGUUCCCAGCCCAGUCACCAGGUCCUGACUAUGCUGUUGACCCCACUUCCUCAGCUCUACAUUCCUCAAAUGUAGGAUCAGAUUUUCUUUUCUUUAAAAAUUUUGAUUUGAUUGAUUGUGUGCUAGGUCAGAAGACAACUUAUGGGGGCUGGUUCUUUCCUUCUACCAUGUGGGUUCAGAGGCGGGAACUCAGGUCAUCAGGUUUGAGACCAAGGACCCUUCCUUACCCACUGAGCCAUCUUGCCAACCCGAACAUCCCUAUUCUCACAAAACCUCUCCUUUGUAGGAAAUCUGACCUGAUUACUUUGAUGCCAGCAUUUUAACCCCAGCCUUCCAGUAUCUGCCAUGCACUCAGGACCUUCAAACAAGACAAAGGAACACAGCCUCUCGUCCUUCCUCCACUUCCUCUUUACUUCCUUUCUUUCUCUCUUUUAUAGAGGGAAACACAAGACUGGAGGGUUAGCCAGGAAAUACAGGUGAAAUCAGGUUCAACCUCAACUGCCAUCUCCACGCAUAGGAUUGUAACUAAGACAUGUAGAAUUGACCAUCUACUACAUACAGAAAUACUGACAGUUAUAGCAGUAACAAGGUCAGCUGAUAUGUGGGAAAAUAAAACUUAGCAUGUCUAUACAGUGAAGUGGUCAGCAGUAAGUGGAGUGGAGUUCUGACAUGGGCAAUAACAUAAUAGUCUUUAAAAAAUUGUACUUACGGGCUGGACAGAUGGCUCAGUGGUUAAGAGCACCAGCUGCUCUUCCAGGGGACCCGGGUUCAAUCCCUGGCACCCACAUGGCAGCUCACACCUGCCUGUAACCGUUCCAGGAGAUCCCACACCAAUGCAAAUAAAAUAAAAAUUUAAAAAUAAUUUUACAAGGAAAAAAGUAUCACAACAGCUUACAUAUUAUGAAUUCCAGUCUUAUGAAAUGUUCAUCAUGAAUAAAUCCACAAAGACAGAGGCAGCUCAGUGGUCUCUUUGAGGUUAUGAGUGCCUGGGAAUGACAAUGGAAUAUAAAUUUCCCUAUGAGGGCUGUCAAAAUAUUCUAAAGUUGAUUGUGAUAAUGAGUGUAUGAUUCUGUCCUGAGACUAAACAGCAUCCAGGUGUGAGUUUAAGUCCUGGAAUUGUAUGGCACAUGAACUAAAGCUCCAUAAAGCUGCUUAAGAAGCACGGGUGUAAUUGAUUUGGCAAGUUUUUAUUUAAAAAAUAGAAGCAGAGCCAGGCAUGGCGACCCACUUUUGCAAUCACAGCACCGAGACAGUUGAAGCAGGAAGAUUAUGAGUUUAAGACACGUGUGGAUUAUGCAACAAGUUUCACAUCACGCUGACAACAUAGUAAGAAUAUGCCACAAACAAAAACCACCCCUAAGAGGUAAGUAAUUUCUCCUUCCUUCCUUCCUUCCUUCCUUCCUUCCUUCCUUCCUUCCUUCCUUUCCUUCUUUCUUAAACGCCGUGGGACUCACAAAGAUCCAGCUGCUUCUAUCUCCUGAGCACCAGGAUUAAAGCUGUGCACACCCAUGCUCAAUGAAAAAAAUAACUCUUUCAAAAACAACAAAAAGGUGGAAAAUCGGAGCCAGCUUAGCUGUGGUAAAGAGAAAAUCGAUUAUAAAAUUCAGUUUGAAUGAAGGAAUUUGUUCCAGAAAAUACUUUUAAAAAUUAAUCUAUGCUGACAAAGUUUUGUUAGACUUCUACAUUCCAAGCAGCAGAUUUAAAAUGUGCUGGGCGCCUCCAGCCCUUUUGAUCUUUUCAGAACUCUCAAACACUAUUACCUGACUUAUUUAUUAGUAAUAAGCUGUACCAAAGUGCCACCACGCAGCUCAAGUCCAAAUUCAGUGUUGUCCUUCCACUUUCUGAGCAGUGUCCUUACGGGUGGGCACCACUGAGCCCAGUGUACAAGUCACUUUUUGUUUCCAGAUAGCAUUUCAUUGUGUAGCCCUGGCUAGCCUGGAACGCGCUAUGUAAACCAGGUUGGCCUUGAACUCCACUCCACCACACCCAGCCUCACAAGUUACUUUUUAAAUAUCAAGUCUGGAGAUUAAGUCCUUCUCCUGGCUCACGUCCAUUGCUUACAUUCGGUUCUUCCUCAUCCCUCAGCUUUAGUCUUUCUUACACUCCUCUUCAGGUUACACAUGUGUACAUUUGUUUAUAUCCAUGCAUACAUUAAAGAGAAUAUAUGGUUUAUGUCUUUCUGAGGCUUUGUGAUCUCAAUUAUUAAUGUGCAUUCUAAAAUUCAUCCAUUUUCCUAUUUCCCACUUCAUUUUUUCUUUUUUUAAUUUAAAAAAUUAUAUUAAUUACAGUUUAUUCAUUUUGUAUUCUAGCUGUAGCCCCCUCCCUCAUUUUCUCCCAAUCCCUCCCUCCUUCCCUCAUCUCCUCCCAUGCCCCUCUCUAAGUCCACUGAUAGGGGAGGUCCUCCUCCCCUUCUAUCUGACCCUAGCCUAUCAGGUCUCUAGUCUAUCAGGUCUCAUCAGGACUGGCUGCAUUGUCUUCCUCUGAGGCCUGGCAAGGCUGCUCCCCACUCAAGAGGAGGUGAUCAAAGAGCCAGCCUCUGAGUUAGUUCAUGUCAGAGACAGUCCCUGUUCCCAUUACUAAGGAACCCACUUGGAUACUGAGCUGCUAUGUGCUACAUUUGUGCAAGGGUUCUAGGUUAGCUCCAUGCAUGGUCCUUGGUUGGAGUAUCAGUCUCAGAAAAGACCCCUGGACCCAGAUUUUUUGGUCCUGUUGUUCUCCUUGUGGAGCCCCUGUCCCCUCCAGAUCUUUCUAUCUCCCCCUUUUUUCAAGAUUCCCUGCACUGUGCCCAAAUUUUAGUUAUGAGCCUCAGCAUCUGCUUUGAUACACUGCUGGGUAGAGCCUUUCAGAGGCCCUCUGUGGUAGGCUCCUGUCCUGUUCCCUGUUUUCUCCCUCUUCCAAUGUCCAUCCCGUUUGCCUUUCUGAAUGAGGAUUGAUCAUCCUACACAGAGUCCUCCUUCUUGCUUAGCUUCGUUAGGUUUACAGAUGUUAGUAUGUUUAUCCUAUAUUAUCAUUUUUUCUUUAGAACUGAGUAAAUUGUGCAUGUGUUCAUUAUCUAUCCAUCCGUUGGUGAACAGAAAGGUUGAUCCCACUUCUUCACUAUGCUGAAUAAAGCCGCAAUAAACAUGGAUAUACAAAUAGCUCUGUUAGGGGAUGGAGCUCUGUAGGUUUGUGCCCAGGAUUGAAAUAGUUGGGUCAUAUGAUAAUUUUAUUUUUUGAGAACUCUCCAAAUGGAUUUCCAUAAUGGCUGUAUUGACUUACUUCACCAGCAACAACUAGGAAAGUUUCUUCAUCCGCAGAUCUUCUCCAACAUUGUUGUAGGAUUUGCAGAUGACAGUCUUCUGACUGGGGUGGGGUCGGAUCUCAAAGCGGUUUUAAUUUUAAUUUCCCAGAUGGCUAGGAAUACUGAACACUUUUAGAAUAGUUAUUGGUCAUUUGUGUUUCUGUCUAUGUGGUUCACUUGUCCAUUUGUUGAUUGGCAGUUUCGUUCCCUUAGUAUUUAGUCUCUGCAGUUAUUUACAACAUCUGGAUCCCAGCCCUUGUCUGCUAAGAGCUUUCUCCCAUUCUGUGGGCUGUUAGUAAGCUGUUGACCUUCUGCUUUGCUGGACAGACACUUUCUGUGUUCAGGUAUCCAUCUGUUGAUACUGGGGUUCAACUUUAAAGUUCUUGCCUACCUCGGUAUCUUAAAAAGCAACCCCCGAGCCAGCUGGUAGUGGUUCACACCCAGCACUCGGGUGGCAGAGGCGGGCAGGUCUCUGAAUUCGAGGCCAGCCUGGUCUACAAAGGAAGUUUCAGGACAGCCAGGGCUACGGAAGAGAAACUGUCUCAAAAACAAAACAAAAUAAAAACCAAAUAAAUAGAUGAUAGAUGGAUAGAUAGAUGGAUGGAUAGAUGAUAGAAAAAAAGAAAGAAAGAUAGAAAGAAAAAAGAAAGAAAGAAAGAAAGAAAGAAAGAAAGAAAGAAAGAAAGAAAGAAAGAAAGGAAAGAAGAAAGGAAUAAAAAGCAUCUCCUGUAGUUUCUAUUUUUCAGGUUUAAGUUAAGGUUUUGAUCCAUUUUGAUUUGAUUUUUGUGCAAGGUGAAAGAUAGCCUAAUUUCAUUUUUUUGCAGGUAGAAAUUCACUUUGCCAGCACAAUUUGUUGAACAACAAAAAAGCUAUCUUUCCCCCAAAGUAUGUGUUUGCCUCCUUUGUCAAAAAUUACCCAGACAUGGUUUUGCCAUUUUGCUUUCGAGUCUUCUGACUAUAACAUUAGUCUUCCUACUUUUGUGCAUGCAGGGUUUCUUCACUGCUGUAGCUCCACAGUAUAAUUUGAGGUCUGAAUUGUAAUUCCAGCAUUGCUCUCACUCCUUAGGAUUGCUUUCAGUGUUUGUGGUCAUUUGAGGUUCUGUAUAAACAGUUUUCUUUCCUAGAUCUGUAAAAUAUGACACGGGAACUUGAUAAGUAUUGCAUUAAUUCCACAUAUUAAUUUUGGUAGCAUAGACAUUUCACAGUAUUAAUUCUGCCUAUCAGGAACAUGGAAUAUUUUUCCAUCUUUUAAUAUCUUCUGUGGUUUUUCUUUUUCAAUAUCUUUCAUUGUAGAGGCCUUCCACUUUUUUGGUUAGAUAUCUUCCUAAAUAUUCAAUUUGGGGGCAAUUAUUUUGGAUAGAAUAUAAUUUCUAAUUUCUUCAUCAGAGAGUAAGUAGGCUAUUAAUAUAAAUAAAGUCUACUGAUUUUUUUAAUAUUGAUUUUUUUUCUCCCACAACCUCCUUGUGCUUAUGAGGUCCAGGAUUUUUCUAGUAGAGUCAAUAAUAGACUCAAUAAAUAAAUAAAGACUCAUGUCUGAAAGCAGGGCAAGUUUGACUCCUUCCCUUCCUAUUCCCACCUUUACGUCUUUGUCUUGUCUGAUUGCCAUAGCUAAGAACCUGAGCAGGGGAGAGUGAAAACUUCUCAUUCCCGACGUUAGAGGAAAUGCUCUCCAUUUGUCUCCGUUAUAUAGCAAUACUGUUGGCUCUACUGUUUUGCUGGAUAGAGCCUUUAUUAUUUGCGUUGUAUUCACUUCUAAAAUCUCUAGGACUUUUAACACAAAUGCAUGUUGAACUUUUUCGAAUGCUUUUUCAGUGUGAUUUGAAAUAAUUACGUGGUUUCUGACCUUGAGGUUGUUUAUAUGGUGUGUUUAUUGAUUUAUGUGGAACCAACCUUGGCUUCCCUGGGAUGAACCCAUGUGGUCAUAAUGUAUUUUUUCCUUAAUGUGUUCUUGAGUUUGGUUUGUAAAUAUUUUGUUAAAAAAUGUGUAUCUAUGUUCAUUAAAUAAAUUGUUUUGUAGUUGUUUUUGUUUUUGUCUUCACUUGGUUUUGGCACCAAGAUGAUACUAUCUUCAUAAAAUACAUUUCUUUACUCUCUAGUUUGUGGAACAAGUUUAGGAGAAUUGGUGUGAAAUGUAAGCAGAUGACAAAGAUGUGAAUUUGGGUAAUGGACACAAGUUAUGGGAGGACAUAAGGCUAAUUCUUUUUCUGGCUCUAAUUCUGUCAUGGAGUGUUUGGAUUUGGUGCUGGAUAUGUGCAUAAAAUAUAUUCAAUACCAAAAGUGUAAAAUGUGAAGUGAAGCUUCCCAGCUUCUGUUUUUGAUGCCAAUUUUAACUCUAUGUAAGCUCAUUAAGUUCUGUGGACUGUGGGUAUGGUUAACUUUGGUGUAUGAUGUUUAUUGAAAGGGAAUUUUUAAUAAUAAAGUUUCCUUUUAAAAGCUGCA